AUGCAUGGGCGAGGGGCCAAUUUGGUGGUUCAGUACGAGGUCUUCUACAUUCAAGCCAGCGUACUGAGAUCCAACUUUGCAACUGCGUGUGGCAUGUACAUGGAGCAUUCGCUGAGACGUGCUAAGAGAAUCGUCACUAGCAAUGCAUAUGCAGUGAUUCAGGACCUUGAGCCAGACAACUUGUAUUUGGUGAACGUAGUCGCGAGGAGCUUGACAAAGGGUCAGGUGGUUGCUUUCAAGCCGUGGACUGGAUACGUCAGGCAUGAAGCGAAAGAGGCUGCCAAUGGAGCGCAGCAUUUGUUCUCUACAGCGGCGCUUCUUCUUUGCGGCUUGCUUUGCUUUGCGUGGUGUUGUCGGCAAGGCUGUACAGGCCGAGCAAACAUCAACGCUGUCUUGCAAAGCAUAGAGCUUCCUUUUUGGAGGAGUUCUCCCCAGCACUACCGCAGCCUUGAAGCUGUAGGCCGCACAGUCGGUAGCUAUUCGCCACCAGGAUGGUAG